GGUUGAAGAGCCCUGUUCUAUGUAGUCAAGUGCUAGGGCUGCAGUAUAGUGAGAUGUUUUCAUUAGAAAAUAUACAAAAACACGAAAUAUUCUGAAUGUAUUUAUGUUGCGAUUCAAUCAAUAUUAAAAUAGAAAUGAAAUAAAAGUACAUAAUUGACGUAUGUAAGGUACUGGGUGUCGUGAGUGGGAUGUCAGGCGCAGGAAAACAGAGAGUUCAAUAUAGUGCUCUUUUAAUGCACACACGGUGAACCACGGCCACCCCACUAAACACUGGGUGCACAAAACAAAAUGCCCCAGACACGGGGAACGAAACAGUCCCGCACUAUACACGAACAUACACCAACACGUUCGACAAUAACAAACACCAGGUUUACAAUAAUCAAUCCCGCUCAAAGAAACGGGCAGGCCGGCUGACUAAUAAAGCCCAACUAAUUACAACAAACUAAAACAGGUGAUACCAAUAAACACAUAAGGAGGGGGAGGAAAGAAAUCAGUGGCAGCUAGUAGGCCGGUGAAGACGACCACCGAGCGCCACCCGAACGGGAAGGGGAGCCACCUUCGGUCGGACUCGUGACAAGCUACAAACUUCAGCAUCCUAUCCAUCACAUGACAUCGGGACCUUAAUAGACUAUAGACACCGCCGACUGUAAUGGACAUCCUCAGCUUCAUCACAGGGUGCACACUUGUCUCGCUUGGUCACUGUUGGAUAGUGAAGGUGCCCAAUACUGUGAAGGCAGUAGAUGGUAGUUGUGUAGAAGUGUCCUGUCACACCGCCCCCCACCACAGGGUCAUCUGGUACCGGUAUCAUAGCAUUCUCUAUCCCAAGGUUUAUGAUGGCAAGGAACCGACCAGUGUGGAGAGCAGCUUUAGAGGGCGUACAUCAGUGCCAGGCAAUGCAUCAGAGGGUGACUGUACACUGAGGGUUGAGAGUGUGACAUGGACAGACAAUAACCUCCAGCUCUACGUGUGGAUCAACCCUGAUGAGUCAGCUACACAAAAUUUCCAUCGUCAGAUCGCAAGGAUUACAAUUGAAAAUAGAAAAGCUCCUGCCUUAUCCAUGAAGAAUGCAUUGGUGGAUGGAGCCUUAUUCCAGGCCAACUGUACUGUCUGGCAUUCCUGCCCAUCCUCUCCUCCAUCCCUUCGCUGGAGCCGUUUGCCUGUAAAUUCUACAGCAGUGACUUCCAUGGAGGAAAAGGGAGGGCUGUGGGUGUCUACUGAGACAAUACAAGGAAGAGGAACGUGCCAACUGCACAAAAAAGAGAUGAAAUGCACAGCUCAAUUCGCUACAGUACAAACUGAGAGUCAACCAGUCAUUCUUAACAUCUCAUAUGCCCCUGUAGGUGUGAAGGUGAUGGUGGACGAACAGCCUGUCAGUGAAGGUCAUAGUGUCAACCUGGAGUGUGUUGCUGACAGCAACCCCCAGCCAGGCAGGUAUGUGUGGAUCAGACGACAGGGAGGCCAAAGCAUCCAAAUGAAUUCAACUCAGGGCAAAAUGUCCUAUCCCAACAUUAGCAGAGACACCUCAUUCUCCUGCAUUGCCCAAAAUAAUAUUGGAUCAAAUCAGUCAGCCUGGCUGUUUCUGGAUGUCAACUUCCCCCCAGCAAUCCUCUCUGACUCCACUUGCUCCUUGAAGGGUGGGAUUCUGCACUGUGUGUGUAGAGCAGAAGCCCGACCUAAUGCCACUCUGCACUGGACGAUCAACGGAAGCAGCACUCUCCCAUCCUCCUUCACUUCCAUCACCAUAUACAGAGAAAAUAUGGUGUCAGCAGAACUCACUGGGCCUGUGGAAAGUCGACCAAAUGUCUCCUGUGUAGCCAGUAACUCACUGGCCACUGACAUCCAGCAGCUGCCCCUUGACACAAAAUUCACAGCUGGACAGUUUCUGCCAUGGAUGCUGACUGCUCUGGCAGUUGUAAGUGUCUUUCUAUGGGUAGCUGUAAUGUUUGUACGCAGAAUACGUUGCAGAGAGAGACCAAAGGCCAGCUCUAAUCUCCCCACUUUGGAUAUCCCUCUAAGGCAACCUGACAUGUCAGAGUCCCUAAGGUACAGCAAUCCCCAAAAGCCACAGCAAAAUACUAAGAGGACCAAGCCUAAGGCUAUGCCCAUGGCCAUACCCAAGGAGAAAGCAAGGACCGAGGGCCAAUCAUCAGUCUACGAAAAUGACUUUGUUCCAAAUAAGCCUAGUCAAAACCCUGCAAAGAACUACGAGAAUUAUCCAAAGAUCAAGUUACAAGAUAACACAAAGGCUAUGUGUUCAAACAUGGAUGAUAUCUACCAAAACUAUUGAACUACCAGUGAACACAACAUUUGCUUCAGAGUACAUAAUAAUAAUGUUAUCCAAUUGUUAUAAGUUGACGAUUGAGUCAUGUAGCCUCCCGUUGAAAGUCUAAAGUUUGUGCACCUGUCUGGGCUGUGUGGAUUGAGAUUUCUGUGCGUUUAAGUGAUGAAUGUAACCUAUGUUUUGUAUUAUAACUUUUGUAUCAAAUGUGUUUGUGUGUCAAAUUGCUUGUAAAAAUGUGUUAUGUGAACAUAAUUAUAACUGAAAUAAAAUACAAACAUGUCAACUUUUUUACAGAGCCGUCUAUACACUGA